AUGGGUCUCCAUGGUGACGGCGGGGACUUGUCCCGGGGGCGGGCAGCCCGGGCAGGGCCGCGGCGCUCCGGGGGCUUCCGCGGCGGCGUCGCCGUGUUCGCUGCUGUGGCCGCAGUGUUCACCCUCACGCUACCCCCGUCGGUGCCGGGGGGAGACUCGGGGGAACUGAUCACAGCUGCAUAUGAGCUUGGAGUUGCCCAUCCUCCUGGCUACCCUUUGUUCACUCUGGUGGCUAAACUGGCCAUUGUACUAUUUCCUUUUGGUUCAGUUGCCUACCGAGUCAAUCUUCUCUGUGGCUUAUUUGGAGCAGUAGCUGCAUCGUUACUUUUUUUCACUGUUUUCAGGCUUUCUGGCUCAUAUGCUGGAGGAAUCCUUGCUGCGGGGGUGUUUUCAUUUUCUCGUCUAACAUGGCAGUGGUCCAUCUCAGCAGAGGUUUUCAGCUUAAACAAUCUGUUUGUGGGGCUGCUUAUGGCUCUUACUGUACAUUUUGAGGAGGCAGCAACUGCAAAAGAGAGAUCAAAGAUAGUUAAAAUUGGUGCCUUCUGCUGUGGCCUCAGCUUAUGUAACCAGCAUACAAUAGUACUCUAUGUUCUCUGCAUAAUACCAUGGAUUCUCUUUCGACUUUUCAAAGAGAAGGAGCUGUCCAUGGGUUCCCUGCUGAAGUUGAGUCUGUACUUCUCUGCUGGUUUGCUGCCCUAUGUCCACCUUCCCAUCUCAUCCUACCUCAGUCAAGCCCGUUGGACCUGGGGAGACCAGACAACGGUGCUAGGAUUUUUGACACAUUUUCUCAGGGAAGAAUAUGGAACAUUCAGUCUGGCAAAAUCUGAAAUAGGAUCCAGUAUGUCUGAGAUACUGCUUUCUCAGGUAACAAAUAUGAGGACAGAGCUCUCAUUCAACAUCCAAGUCCUUGCAGUUUGGGCAAAUAUAUGUUUAGCAAGAAAGGACAGACCAAAUCCAUCAUUAGUAUGGCUUUUUACUGGGAUGUUUUGUGUUUAUUCAUUGUUCUUUGCUUGGAGGGCAAAUUUAGAUAUCUCGAAACCACUUUUCAUGGGUGUGGUAGAACGAUUCUGGAUGCAGAGCAAUGCGGUGGUGGCCGUCCUUGCCGGCACUGGGUUGGCUGCACUUCUGUCUGAGAGUAACCGAGUGCUGCACAACAGCAUUGGGCUUCAGUGUUUGGAGUGGCUUUCAGCAAUGAUUUUUGUAACUUACCAAAUAUAUUCUAAUUACAGCAUUUGUGACCAAAGGACCAACUAUGUGAUUGAUAAAUUUGCAAAGAACCUUCUAGCCUCUAUGCCUCAUGAUGCAAUUAUUUUACUCAGAGGAGAUUUGCCAGGGAAUUCUCUCCGUUACAUGCAUUACUGUGAGGGAUUGAGGCCAGAUAUUUCAUUAGUGGAUCAGGAAAUGAUGACUUACGAGUGGUAUUUGCCUAAGACGGCAAAGCAUUUACCAGGUGUCAACUUUCCUGGGAACCGGUGGAAUCCUGUGGAAGGCAUAUUACCUAGUGGGAUGGUCACAUUUAAUCUUUAUCAUUUUCUUGAAAUAAACAAACCAAAAGAAACAUUUGUUUGCAUAGGAAUUCAUGAAGGUGACCCCACUUGGAAAAAGAACUAUUCACUUUGGCCAUGGGGCUCUUGUGACAAAUUAGUUCCUUCAGAGAUUGUAUUCAACCCUGAGGAAUGGAUUAAACUUACAAGAAAUAUCUAUAACUGGACUGAAGAAUAUGGACGGUUUGAUCCAUCUUCUUGGGAAUCUGUGGCCAAUGAGGAGAUGUGGCAAGCAAGGAUGAAAACAGCCUUCUUCAUCUUUAACCUGGCAGAAACUGCUAAUGUGCCUUCAAAUGUGAAAACUCAACUCUACACUCACGCAUAUAAUCCACUGUGCCAGUCCAUCUCCUUGAGGGUCUUCCUCUUUUUCACUGACUCUCAGCCUUACCAAGAAUGAUGUCCUUCUCCAGGGACUGGUCCCUCCUGAUAAUGUGUCCAAGUAGGUAAGACAAAGUCUCUCCAUCCUCGCUUCCAAGGAACAUUCUGGCUGUACUUCUUCCAAGACAGAUUUUUCAUUCUGGCAGUCCAUGGAAACCCUGGUGGCCUCGUGGUUAAGAACCCAGGCUGCUAACCAAAAGGUGGGCAGUUAAAUCCACCAGGCGUCCCUUGGAAACCAUAUGGGGCAGUUCUACUGUGUCCUGUAGGGUCGCUGGGAGUCGGGAUUGACGGCAAUGAGUUUGGGUUUUUCUUUGUUUGGCAGUCUAUGGUAUGUAUAUUCAAUAUUCUUUACCAACACCAUAAUUCCAAUGCAUCAGUUCUUCUUCAAUCAUCCUUUCAGUUUUGCUUAUAGAAGAAUGAAAAACCAAAGUUAAAUUAUGCGGAGCUUAAAACAGUUCAUUGAUGGAGAGUGCUUGCAUUUAGUGAGUGUUAUUUUUUGCUAAAAUUAUAUUAAUUCACUAUGUGGACUAGUAUCUGCACAGUUGUGCUUUCUGUGAUCAGAAAGUCAUCUGUAUUCAUCUGGAGCCGUUCCUCACAGUGCAGGAUUGUAACUAGUUACAGUGAUUAUCAAACUGUCAGUCAUCAAAUCAGUUUAGUGGGAGUUAACCAGCAUCUUUUUAAUGAAAUAGAAUAAAAAUAUCAGAGUGCAUCUGAGGUAACAAGGGUUAGGUAUUGUUUCAUGAAACUUUUUGUUCCAAUUUCAUUUCAGUUUUAUAUGUUUAUUAUAUGUGUGUAUAUAGGAGGAGCCCUGAUGUGGUUAAGCACCCAGCUGCUAACUGAAAAGUCAGCAGUUUGAACCCAUCACUUGCUCUGUGGAAGAAACAUGUCACAGUCUGCUUCCAUAAAGAUCUGGAGCACUGGUGGCGUGGUGGUUAAGAGCUAAGCUGCCAACCAAAAGGUCUGCAGUUCAAAUCCACCAGCCACUCCUUGGAAACCCUGUGGGGCAGUUCUACUCUGCCCUGUAGGGUUGCUAUGAGUUGAAAUCAACUCGACAGCAAUAGGUUUGGUUUGGUUUUAUAUGUAUACAACCUAUAUAUCAUACAGAUAUGUGCGUGUAUAUAAAAAAUUUACGUAUCAAUCUAUAAAUGUGUGUACUGGGUCACAACAUAAAAUAUACUUAUUUGGGGCUGCAGUAAAAAAUAUGUUUGAAAGCCACUGGCCUAGGAGAACUUAACCAGCUUUAUUGAAUGUUAAUACCACAAAGGAUAGUAAGGAAUCAUCUAGUACAAACUAGCAUGACUAAUCUGGUUUUAUGAAUGAAGAAACCGAGAUCUGUACCACAAAAGUGACUUAAGAACUGGGACUAGAGAACAUGAGCUUCUUGGCUCCAUUUGUUAUACUUGCCCUUCUUCCAUUGCAGUUAAAUGAAACCGCCUACAUUCCACCAUCAACUCUUCGUUACAUUAAAGUCCCCAAAUAAUGAAGCCAUAUUAAAAUUACGAUAAACUUUUCAAGAGGCAAAUGGUGUGUGAAAUCAAGAACUAGCUGCCUGAAAUGCUUGCCAAAGUCAUGUACUGAAUUCUUUCUCCCCCUCCUCCAACCCACUGGAAUGUAAAUUUUUUUCCCUCCUGUUUUAGACAGGGCCAGUUAUAGCCCCGGCUUGUGACAGAGAAUUUCCCUACCCAUUUUGGAUUUAGGAAUACAUACCCAAAUUAAAGGGUUUUGGCGUGAUAGAAAAAAGUCACUUUGAAAUCCAGGAAAUUAUUAGCAUAAACUACAUUCCAGCUGAAUCAGCUGCUGAAAGGUCCAUUUGAAAAAUGAUGCACUAGUUUAUGUAUUCCUUCCCCUCUUACGCAGGGUUCAAAACACAAUCAUAUUUCUAUGUUUCACAAAAGGAAAUACAUCCCAAUUCCACUGGAAUGUUCGUUGAGUUGGGAAUUAGACUUGGCCUCCGAGAAACCCAGAGCUGGCAUUCAUGAUUGUUCUGUUUGGUUCAGCCACUCUACUAAAAUUUUUACAGGGGCUCCUGAAGACCUAUGUGGCUGAUUUCCUAAUUAUGAACUUUACCAAAUCAGUGUUUAGGUGAUAAUGACUUCUUCCAAAUUUGGCUCUUGAGUCAUAUGUAUGAUUUGUAAAAAUGUGUGGUAAUAAUAGCAACAAUUGUUAUUGUAACAACUAAUCUCUGGUGAGACCUGUUACCCACCGAAUGGCUUCAGUGAUUCAAAAUCACCCGGUUUCCUGCAUUUGGUUAGUGUCAGAGUCAGAAGUAAUUUGGCCCUGCAUCUUUUGGAGGGAAGUAAAUUUGGUGCCAUUCAUGAGACACAGACCCUUCUGAUGUCACCACACAAACAACUGCUACAUGUAUUUUGUGCAUUUGGUAAUGAUGACCUACUUCACAAGGUUACCAUUUAUAUCAAAGUACUUUCCUCCUUUCGCUUGUCUCCUUGUGGACAAAUAGUUGAUUUACAGAGCCUAAACCUGUUGAAUACUGUGAGCUAAUUUGUAGGAAGUGAAUAUGUGAACCUGUGCAAGAAUCUAAGGAGCCCUGGUGGCGCAACAGGUAAACUUUCGGCUGCUAGCCAAAAGGUUGGCAGUUCGAACCUGCCCAGUGUUUCCGCAGGAGAAAGGCCUGGCAAUCUGUUCCCAUAAGGAUUACAGCCUUGAAAAUGAAAUGGGACAGUUCUACUCUGUCAUGUGGGGUUGCUAUGAGUUGGAAUCAACUUGACAGCACGCAACAACAAUGCAAGAAUCUAGCAAAACUAGAACUUUGUUUUAAAGUAAUACAUGAGAUCCCAUAAUUAUUGUACUUUUAUUGUCAUAUGAAACAUAAUUGUGUGACUUGCUUGAAAUUUUGGUAAGAUAUAGUUCCGAAGUUAUUUUGGUUCUCCUGGGUCAAAUAAAUAUGUUAACAAACACCUUCAUGUCAUCCCUAAUGCCUCUAAAACCAGUGUGCUGUCUCCUACAGGAGCUCCCUACGACCUCCCAGUGAGAGAGGGACACCUGUAAUUCUUAUUACCUGCACGAAGAAGCACACGCAAGGAUGUAUGCCUGGUGUGUUCAUUUUGUCCCUAAAAGAGCAAAGAGCAGAAACUUAGUCCUUCCCAAGUUUUCUAUCCCCAAGUUUUUGCAUUUCCAAGUUGCAAACUGUCCCACAAGUACAUACCUUCUCAGGAUCACACUUCAGGAGCUUUAUAGUAUAGUGGUUAGAGCUGGACUCCCAGCUCUGCCACUUACUAGCUAUUAUUGAAGGAAGUUUCUUAAGUGCUGUGUGCCUUAAUUUCCUUUUCUGUAAAAUAGGGAUAUAGUAGACUCAACUCUACGAACAACUAACAACAACAGCAGUGGACUUAGCCAAUGGUGUGGUUAUAAGGAUUAAAUAGGUUGGUAUAUAUGCAGUGCAUUGAACAGUGCCUGGUGUAUACCAAGAGAUCGUAGUGUUGGCUGUUUUCAUUAAUACGCCAGAAAAAACCAUUUCUCAUCUACUUCAGGCACCUGUAUAAAACAAGUCUUCAAAACCUCCUGCUGUUUUGUUUCUCUCCUAAAUGCUUUUAAAAAGUCCUUACUGAAAAUGCAUCUGGAAAACUCAAAAAAUAGUUAAAUUACAGUUAUAAAUAAUGUGUUAAGUUAUAUGCAUAAUUGGAAGUUAUAAGAGGGUAACCAAGAAGCACUGAGAAGAUGAAGAAAUGAAAUAGUUCCAUCAACAAGAGAAACAUGUCUCAAUCUGCAUGAACACACCCACGUGUACAAGGAGCAAAAUCCCAAUGUCCACAGUCCAUUCAUGUCACCAUCACUCUGACCUUUACGGCCUUUCUUCCCUCCUAUUGGCUGUCCUAAAUUAUGGCCCACCAUACAGGAAGCUUCAGCACUACUACUGUUGGCCUCCUUCCCAAACUUAGACUUGGCCUUGUAUACAUUUGAUCUGAUUCCACUUUCCCCCAAAUGGUGAUGGAUUCCAUUGGCCCCAGAGACUUCCCAAAGAACAGUCUUCUCCCAACACAGCUAGCUUCUCCACGUACUUACAGGACUGAUACAAGACAGAAAUCUUGGAGUUCUCAGGGGCCACUGCUGCUGGACUUUCAAAAUCAUACUGGGGGAAGUGGUCAUAGAUUUCCCAGUGGAGAUGAAUGGUGUGCCCAUGAGUAUGUUUUGCACUCCAUUUCUUUCUUUAAUCAUCUAGUAGCCAUUUUUUGAGUUCCUACAAUGUCCCAGGCAUGGAUACUAGGUUUACAGAAGGGGGCCAGGCAGACAAGGGCCCUGUCCCCUCUGGAGCUCUCCUUCUAGGGGGGAAGAAAGCCAAAAAGCAAGUCUAAAAAUUGCCCCAAAGAUCCUUUUUCAUCACCACAACCCUGUCUGUCACUUUAUCAUACUGUGGUGGCUUGUGUGUUGCUAUGAUGCUGGAAGCUAUGCCACAGGUGUUCCAAAUACCAACAGGUCACCUAUGGCGGACAAGUUUCAGCAGAGCUUCCAGACUAGAUAGACUAAGAAGAAAGGUCUGGUGAUGUACUUCCAAAAAUUAGCCAAUGAAAACCCUAUGGAUCACAACAGAAUCCUGGUCAGCAUAGCACCAGAUGAUAAGCCCCUAGGUUAGAAGGCUGCAGUGGACUCAGACAUGCCUACAGUCAUGAGGAUGGCACGACACCAGGCUGCAAUGGACUCAGGCAUGCCUACAGUCAGGAGGAUGGCACGACACCAGGCAGCAAUGGACUCAGGCAUGCCUACAGUCAGGAGGAUGGCACGACACCAGGCAGCAAUGGACUCAGGCAUGCCUACAGUCAGGAGGAUGGCACGACACCAGGCAGCAAUUCGUUCUGUUGUACAUGGGGUCGCCAUGAACUGGGGCUGACUCUACAGCAGCUAACAAUAACAAGCACAUGUUACCCAGCCAGGAAACUCAAGCCUGCUCUCUCACUGUUGAAAAUGCUGCUUGAGACAUGCUGAGCACCACACCCUCAACACAAAGUAGCAGGGUUUCUCCCCCUUGAGCUGUCUGCAUCUCAUCCUCAGGUUAUCUGGAGCCCUGCGGAAUGCACAAAGUGCUGUCCUGGGCCACAAAACUCUCAUUAUGGGGUACCUUUCCCUGCACUCCCCACACACCAACAUUUAUAAUAUUUUGUCUUCCCAGGCUACCCUGGAAACCCUGAUGGAGUAGAGGUUUAAAACUAUGGCUGCUAGCCCAAAGGUCUGCAGUUAAAAUCCACCAGGCGCUCCUUGGACACCCUAUGAGGCAGUUCUACUCUGUCCUGUAGGGUCACUAUGAGUCAGAAUCGACUUGACGGCAAUGGGUUUAGCGAGGGGCUACCUCUCAUCCCUCUGCUCAUCUCAACAGCCCUGGAUUAAGGAAACACUAGCACUGUCUACCUGUAGCAAAGAAAUAUCUUCACUUCUCCCACUGCCACUCAUGGUAACAGACAAAGGAGAGGGAAGGAAGAGAAGCGUAUCAAUUGCCCUGAGGCUUGGCGUCUAAUUCUCCUCAAGCCCCCACUCAAGGUCCACUAGGGGGGCUGGCUGAUUUCAUUCAUGCCUUCAGCACUUGCUCCUGCUUAACAGCACUGCUGGAAGAACAGGUCCUGCUUUGGCUUCUACAAAGCUAGGAGGGAUCAUUGCUUCCAUAGUAUUCUUGCCAAAAAUGCGAAGUCUCAAUCAUGAGAAAACAUCAGAGAAACCCAAACUGAAAAUAGCCUACAAAAUACCUGAUGGGUACUCUUCAAAAGUGUCAAGGUCAUGAAAGACAAGGCAAAACUGAGGAAUUUGUCACAGACUGGAUUAGACCAAGGAGACCAAAAAACCGUUGCUGUCGAGUCGAUUCCGACUCAUAGUAACCCUACAGGACAGGGUAGAACUGCCCCAUAGAAUUUCCAAGGAGCAUCUGGUGGAUUCGAACUGCUGACCUCUUGGUUAGCAACCACAGUUCAUAACCACUAUGCCACCAGGAUUUCCUCCAAGGAGAUAGGAGAACUAAAUGCAAUGCAGGAUCCUGGAUUGCAUCCUGGAAAGGAAAAAUUGGUGAAAUGGGAAUUAAAAUCUAUAGUGUUGUUAAGCAUAUUUUGCUAAUGUUAAUUAUUUGGCUUUGAUAAUUGUAUUACGGUUAUGUAAGAUGUUACAUUAGGGGAAGCUGGGUGGGUGAAGGGUAUACAGGAACACUAUUAUUUUUGCAACUUUUCUGUAAAUCUAAAAUUAUGACAAAAUAAAAAGCUAAAAAAAAAAAAGCAUAGCACACCUUUUCCCUCUUACCCCUUGUCAUUCUU